GAGAGAGAGAGAGAGAGAGAGAGCCCGAGUACCUUGACAAGAAAUGAACACCAUUAAGCUUAUAGAAGUACUGAUGAGAGUUGAAUCAACUGGAUCAAUUCAUAGUGAUCAAAACUGAUAAUCCUGGUUACCAGACAUAAGCGGGCUGUUGAAUUACUGCUGUUGCAAACGCGGUGACAUGGGGAACGGAGUAAAUAAGGUUCUGCCAGACCUGUACUUGGGUAAUUUUAAAGAUGCCAGAGACCGGGAACAAUUAGCCAGAAACAACAUCACGCACAUCCUCUCCAUUCAUGAUACUGCCGCCCCAAUUUUACAGGAGAUGACUUAUCUUUGUAUUCCAGCAGCAGAUUCACCCACACAAAACCUUACACAGCAUUUUAAAAAGAGCAUCAUUUUCAUGCAUGAAUCCCGUUUGAAAGGAGAGGGCUGUCUAGUUCACUGUCUUGCUGGCGUGUCGCGUAGCGUGACACUGGUGGUGGCGUAUAUAAUGACUGUGACUAGUCUGGGAUGGCAGGAGGCUCUAGCUGCAGUGAGAGUUGCCAGACCCUGCGCUUCACCAAAUCUGGGUUUCCAGACCCAGCUGCAUGAGUUUGAAACCACCCAACUACAGCAGUUCAGGGAAUGGCUAAAGGAGGAGUAUAAUGAAAACCCCUUUAAUGAUGAGGAGGACGUCCGUGCCCUGCUCGCACAGAUACCCAGUGCCUCAACAGCAGAGGAAAAGGGAAUGUUGACACCUGACCAAUGGUGACGGUUUAUUCAAUCUAAAGAGGGAAAAAACUCUUCAGUCGGCAAGCCACAUGGCAUUCCUCAAAGACUUAUGUUGAUGUUGACUGUUAUGUAAAAAAAAAAUGUUGAUUGUGAUGGCUUAGCACUGUUUAACCAUAAGUCCUUAUGUUUUGUAAAUAAUACAUGAAAGUUUUUAAUGUUUACUACUGAAGCGAUGUUAAAAGCCAUUUUGUGUUUUCUUGUUUAUGGCAUUUUAAUAUGUGCAGAUAUAUUAUAAACUUUGAUGAUGUAUAGA